CUGACGGUGGCGGUGGUGAGACGACCAAUGCCGGUUCGGGGCGGGGAGCUUCGCCGGCAUCCCCCGCCUCUAUAAAGGAGGAAGCGGCUCGCUCGCCUCGCAUCAGCAGCGCCGCCUCUCUCCCUGCCGGCCACCACCACCACCACCGCAGCCAGUUCUGACUCUGAGACGGGAAGACGACGAAGAUGAAGCUGCUGCUCGUCGCUCUGCUGGGGCUCGUGGCGGUGGUCUCCGCGGCCGUGGCCUCUCCUUUCCUCGACCCGGAGCUGUCGCCCGAGUGGGAGUCCUGGAAGGAGUUCCACGGCAAGACCUACGGCGAGAAGGAGGAGGGCUGGAGGAGGAUGAUUUGGGAGAAGAACCUCAAGAGGAUCUCCGUGCACAACCUGGAGCACUCCAUGGGCAAGCACACCUGGCGCAUGGGCAUGAACCAAUUCAGUGAUAUGACCGGGGAGGAGUUCCAGCAGGUGAUGCUGGGCUUCAGGGGCUGGAACGGCACCAGCAAGGCCUCCAGCGGCGCCACGUUCUUGGCGCCCGCCUUCUUUGAGGCCCCCGAGUCCGUCGACUGGAGGAAGCAGGGCUACGUCACCGACGUCAAGAACCAGGGCGAAUGUGGCUCUUGCUGGUCGUUCAGCACCACGGGCUCUCUCGAGGGGCAGCACAAGCGCAAGACUGGAGUGCUCGUUUCGCUGAGCGAGCAGAACCUGGUGGACUGCUCCUUGGCCGAGGGCAAUCAGGGCUGCAAUGGAGGACUCAUGAUCAACGCGUUCAACUACAUCAAGAAGAACGGAGGCAUCGACUCGGAGGAGUCGUACCCGUACAAGGGACAGGUCGAAACGUGCAAGUACGACCCCAAGAACAAGGCUGCGGAGGUCACCGGCUACGUGGAAAUUCCCGAAGGGGACGAGGAGGCCCUCAAGAAUGCCGUGGCCUCCGUUGGCCCGGUGUCGGUCGCCAUCGACGCCAGCCUCGCGUCGUUCCAGUCCUACGGCUCAGGCAUCUACAAGGACGCAAUGUGCAGCCAACACAUUGACCACGCCGUGCUGGUCGUGGGCUACGGUGUGGACGAGACCGGGCAGAAAUUCUGGCUCGUCAAGAACAGCUGGGGAGUCACCUGGGGAGAGCAGGGAUACGUGCGCAUGGCUCGUGAUGACAACAACCUGUGUGGCAUCGCCUCUAUGAGUAGCUACCCACUGGUGUAAUAAUCAUCUGGUCUGCCUGCCUCCUAACCAAAGACAGAUAUAAUGGCACACAAUUUCCCAUUGGUGCACCAUCAACUGCAUCUGAACAUCACCAGCAGGCCGUUGUGCACAUCUCCAUCAAUGUAAAAAUUAAAAACACAAGCCUCAGCAGUGCAAUUGUGGCCAUGCCACCCAAACUAUGGACCACACAGUGAACCAGUGUAAUCUGCGCUCCUUUGACGGAGGAGGAACAACAAAACUACACGAACUUUCUCCUUGAAGCCCUCUCGUGGCCAGGAGACCUCAACACUGGCAUCUGGCUCCUGAACAUAUAUUUUCCAUGCGCAAGGAUAUAACAGAAUUGUCCAUUUAAGUCAAAGUCACAUUCAGGCACUUCGGUCCUCAAAUUAGCAAUCGUUGGUGCUCAUCACUAUUAGAGAUCGCGUGAGGUUUUUUUUAAAUAUCAUGUGUGGGUGUGAACCUGCACAAGAUCCUCUCCUAACCACUUUCCACUUUGUGUCAGACUAACCCCCCCCCACCACCAUCCCCCUAUCCCUUCACUCCCUCGCCCAGACAAUGGCGAGACACAAGCGAGUAUGUACCAAGUAGGGUGCGGUGCCCGGUUGGCGCAGUAGGGGGCACAGGUGGUGGUGCAUCUGACGGUCAUCUCAGUCAGCCAACCCAUGGCACCUGCUGGGUCUGUCCCGUGACCUCCUGUCGGCAGCGAGCCUUCGACACUUCACGUGGCAGCCUCCAAAGCGCACGUGGCCUGGCACAGGCGCCGUGGUGACGUCACCGUCACUUGGUGGCGAAUUGCGGCCGUUGGUAUUGGUGGUGCCAACGCCUUGUGAUAAUUCUCGCCAGCGAGAGCCGAUGAAACCCGUCUUCUCAGUCGUGCUCCGUCUGCAUGUUUUGGGUCGGGGGGCGGGGGGGCUACCGUUGGGGGCCAGAGAAGAGUGUCACCCCGAGUGCUGCCCAGUCUCUUCACUGCCAGAGCUCGCAGAAGACUCGUCACGUGCACGCACGCACUUGGACCGAUUGCCGACGUUAAGACUUGAGAUUGGAAUGUGACAAAAAGCAAACUAACAACCUUUACAUAAACGACAAUUGAGCCACAGCAAAGUUUUUUUUUUUUGGGUUCGAUCGCCGUAAAUCUAAAUGCGUCGUUAAAGCCGCCACCACCCGACACGGCUAACUAGUAAGGUCUGUUACGUAAACAAAACGUGGCAAUUGGUUACGAGUUCAGCACACCGGUGUAUUGGAGAGUAAAUCCACAACAUUAAUGAUUCGAGUACGACGUUUCGCCGGUGAUUACAACCAGCUUCAUCAAGUGAUAGCCAUAAUUGUGAAGAAGUGUUCCUGUUUCAGUCCUUGGUUGAACAUUUACAUUCACGAUACACUUUAACAGGCCACAAAUUCAGUCCGUGACUCAAAAGGGAAUGCUUCUAUCUGAGCCCUGUUUCCCCCCCCCCCCCCCCCCCCGUCAAUGUUAUCAAUUGGUGGCCGGUGCACGGCAAGUCUCACGGCUCAGUGGGGUCGUGUGUAGGGCUCGCACAGCCGGUCAGCGCUGCCCACAGGGGGGGUUGGCCCACUGCCCGGCACUGCGCAGGGCCUCGCAUCGCAUAAACCUCAGAUCUUCACCCCUAUACAGACAGCUACCCUAGGGGGUGACCAAAUCCCAAUGCAGGCGGUGCAGGCAGCCUGCCACAGGCCGGUCCUUUUAGCUAUCACUUCGGGGAUGAGCGGGAAAGCCUCGGUCUUGCUGUUGGCAGCUUCCUGCCAGCCACAGUGGCUGCGUCUGCCUGUGGUGCAGCAGCAACUCAAGUAAAGUUGUGGUCACUGUACUAGCAAGCCUCUCCAGCCGUCCUCUUAACAGCCUCAAGAAAUACCUCGGCACUUGGCAGUACUCAAAGCAGCCACAUGGGUGGCUGCUCAAAUGGCCUCCAGUAGCUGCUCCAAGCUAACCUAGUCACUGCUCCAUAACCGCGUUUUUACACCAGCUUGCAGAGUACUCCUGAUGCUACGCAAGUUAUUUUACUUAAUCUGGUGUCCUCAACACCAGGAGUUCCGCGGUGGUGAGAUGUUUACUCCCUCGCCUGAUCUGCAAAAGGCCGUGCGUUCGAUUCCGACCAUGCCGCCUGCUGUAUAUUUGCAGUUUGCAUGUUCUCCCCGUGGUUAUGUGGAUUUUUAUCCGGGUCCGAUUUUUUCCCUCCACAUUUAGAAUCGACAUGCGUUCAGGGUAUUCAGCUGCUAUACAUUUCAACGUGAUAAGCAACUUCGUUGAGAGCUAUCAUUUGUGGCGAAGUUGCUUCUGAAAUUAGAACUACACAGCUCUCAGUGGGCAUUUCCUGCUGAAAUAAAAAAAAAACUGUUUAGUUUCUAUAGUUUCAGUUGAUCUACCUCCUAUCAUGUUUUUUUUUUAUUCAAGGCACUCUUACCAGCUCAUCGACUCACAUGUUCUCCUCCUCCACCACCACUAACUCUGUUCCCUCCUUUUCUCCCUGCCAAGACUCACGCUUUCUCCCCAGUCCCCACUGGUUUCUCUCGCUCAUCAUCAUUCCAGGCGGUCACGGGUCCGUUUGUUUGGGCUGCUUAUUUCUUCCCUUACGAUUUGUACGCGAAUCCAGCGUUUUAGGGUGAACCACCGUCGGAAUUGAUCAAGCUUCGCUUCUGAUUUCAGUAAAUUUUCAUGAGUCUCAAAAUUAUUGGCUGCUUUUAUAAACAAAAUAAAACACGUUGCAUCCGUUUUAUAGGUUAGCGAUGUUUUAAACUGAAAAAUGAAUAUGUUAAACAUGCUUGAAUUACAGGUGCAAUUUUUUUUUAAAGAUAUAUUUUGAACAAUGCUUUCUACGCAUGUGUUUUUUAAUAGAGGGAUCUUUGUAAACUCUACACUAUCGUUUAUUCUUAAUAAACAAUUGUAAAAUUGAA